AUGGAUCCUUCAUCCACUUCUUCUUCUGCUUCCCAAACUUGGGUAUAUGAAGUUUUCCCGAGCUUUAGUGGCGAAGAUGUUCGUGUCGCUUUCCUGAGCCACUUUCUCAAAGAGUUGGAUAAGAAACUGAUCAUCGCUUUCAAAGAUAAUGAGAUCAAGAGAAGCCGAUCGCUCGAUCCCGAGCUUAAACAGGCGAUUAAGGAUUCGAGGAUUGCGGUGGUUGUGUUCUCCAAAAACUACGCCUCUUCAAGCUGCUGUCUUAAUGAGUUGCUAGAGAUCAUGAAAUGCAAAGAAGAGUUUGGUCAGAUGGUAAUACCGGUUUUUUACGGUUUGGAUCCUUCUCAUGUGAGGAAACAAACUGGUGACUUUGGAAAUAUCUUUGAAAAGACAUGCCACAACAAAACAGAAGACGAGAAAAUUCAAUGGAGGGGAGCUUUGACCAAUGUAGCUAAUAUCCUUGGAUAUCAUUCUGUCACCUGGGGUAACGAAGCAAAAAUGAUUGAAGAAAUCGUCAAUGAUAUCUUGGAAAAACUGCUUUUAACUUCAUCGAAGGAUUCAGAUGACUAUGUCGGCAUCAACGAUCACAUUGCAAACAUGAGUGUGUUGUUACAACUGGAAUCUGAGGAAGUGAGGAUGGUUGGUGUAUGGGGUUCCUCGGGGAUUGGUAAGACUACCAUCACAAGAAUUCUGUUCAAUCGACUCUCUCCAUACUUCCAAGGUAGCAUUUACAUCGAUAAGGCUUUUGUGUCAAAGAGUAAGAAACUUUACAGUAGAGCCACUCUGGCGGACACUAAUAUGAAGUUGCAUUUACAAGGAAAAUUCCUAUCGAAAAUCUUGGGAAAAAAAGACAUAAAAGUAGGUCAUUUAGGUGUAGUGAGAGAGAAGCUAAAGUACCAUAAAGUUUUAAUCGUUAUUGAUGAUUUGGAUGAUCUGAUGGUGCUACAAGUCUUGGCGGGUCAAACUCAAUGGUUUGGAAGUGGGAGCAGAAUCAUUGUGGUCACUAAUGAUAAUCAUCUUUUAAUGGCCCAUGAGAUAAAUUGUAUUUAUAAAGUUAGCCUCCCAUCUCAAACGGACGCCCUUGAGAUGUUUUGUCAAUAUGCUUUCAAGCAAGACUCUCCACCAGAUGGUUUGAUGAAGUUUGCUUCCGAAGUGGUGCAACUCGCUGGUAGUCUCCCUUUGGGCCUCAGUGUUUUGGGUUCGUCUUUUCGGGGGAGGAAAAAAGAGGAUUGUUUGAAUAUGCUACCUAGGUUUCGAAGAAGCCUAGAUGGUAAAAUUGAGGAGACACUAAGAGUCGGCUACGAUGGGUUAUGUAAAGAAGAUCAAGCGAUAUUCCGUCACAUUGCAUGUCUUUUCAACGGUGUGAAAGUUAAUGGCAUUAAAGAACUUUUGGCAUCCAGUGAGUUGGAUAUUGAUGUCGGGUUAAAAAACCUCGUUGAUAAGUCUCUCAUACAAGUAAGGGAGGAUACUGUUGAGAUGCACCGUUUGCUAGAAAAAAUGGGUAAGGAGAUCGUCCGUAAACAGUCCAAUGAGCCUGGAGAACGGGAAUUUCUAUUUGAUUCAGAGGAUAUUAGCAAUGUACUUGAAGAUAACAUUGGUACCAAAAAAGUCUUAGGAAUAUCAUUGCGUAUGAGCGGGAUUGAUGAGUUGCAUGUACACAAGAAUGGCUUCAAAGGGAUGCCAAAUCUUCGUUUCCUAACGAUAAAAAAUACAUGGGAAAAAAAAGGCAAAUUGCAGUUACCUAAAAGCUUCGACUAUUUGCCCCCAAGACUCAAAUUAUUGUGUUGGGAUGAGUAUCCAAUGAGACAUAUGCCUACUAAGUCUCGUUUUGGAAACCUCGUCUACCUCAUAUUGAGGAAUAGCAUGCUAGAGAAGCUGUGGGAAGGUGUUAUGUCUCUUUCAUGUCUCAAGAAGAUGGAUUUGAGUCACUGUGGAAGACUGAAAGAAAUCCCAGAUCUUUCGAUGGCCACUAAUCUGGAGAAACUUUUUCUUGGGGGUUGCUUGAGUUUGGUGGAGCUUCCUUCGUCUAUCCAAAAUCUCAAUGAGCUAACGGUAUUGGACAUGCAACUUUGUAGAAAGCUGGAGACUCUCCCAACUGGCAUUAACCUCAAAGCUCUCGACCACCUCGAUUUCAGCUACUGCUCAAAUCUCUCGACGUUUCCCCAAAUCUCAACCAACAUCUCAGUUCUCCUUCUGGAGGGAACAACCAUUGAAGAACUCCCUUCUAAUUUGCGUGUCGGGAAUCUCGUUGUGCUUCGCAUGCAAAACAUAAAAGAGUCUUGA